UUAUUGAACAUACGGUAUUAAAAAAAGGCCUCAUCUCUCAUCAAUCAUAGAGUCACUAAUUCAGAUAGUUGUGACUAAAUGGAAAACACUGCAAAUAGUUACAUUUCCACAUGGAUUGGAAAAAACGCUACACCGAAUCAAAUUUCAAAUCAGAGAUUACUGUUGGCUUCAUGAAAAGUACGAAUGGAGAUUUUUUCCUAAAUCAAGAAACAUCCUUGCCCCGAUAUUUAAAUUGAUUCGGUACUGCAAAUAUACCGUGCAAUUUGCUAGAAACAGGUGCUGCAGAUACAGUACAAAUUGCUAGAAAACAAGUGAAAAACUAAAAAUGAAGUAUGUAUUGGUCUCUGGUGGUGUGGUGAGUGGGCUGGGAAAAGGUGUUACAGCUUCCAGCAUUGGAGUUAUCUUGAAGGCAUGCGGACUUCGUGUUACCUCAAUUAAAAUAGAUCCAUAUUUGAAUACAGAUGCUGGGACCAUGUCUCCAUUUGAGCACGGGGAAGUUUUUGUGCUGGAUGAUGGUGGUGAGGUGGAUUUGGAUCUUGGUAAUUAUGAACGCUUUUUAGAUGUGACAUUGACAAAGGACAACAAUAUUACCACUGGAAAGAUAUAUCAGUCUGUUAUUGACAAAGAACGGAAGGGAGACUACCUAGGAAAGACUGUACAGGUAAUUCCACAUAUUACAGAUGCCAUUCAGGAUUGGAUAAAAGGUGUAUCUCAAAUUCCUGUGGAUGGGAAAGAAGGACCAGCUGAUGUAUGUGUCAUUGAGUUGGGAGGAACAGUAGGUGACAUUGAAUCAAUGCCAUUUAUUGAGUCUUUGCGUCAACUUUCCUAUUCUGUGGGACCAGAAAACUUUUGCCUAGUCCAUGUCAGCCUUGUUCCUGUUAUUGGUGUUGUUGGAGAGCAGAAGACAAAGCCAACACAACAUAGUGUUCGGGAAUUAAGAGCAUUGGGCUUGACACCACAUCUUCUUGUUUGUCGCAGUUAUCAGCCUUUGCUAGAGAAUGUAAAGGAGAAGCUGUCUCAGUUUUGUCAUGUUCCGUCAGGGAACAUUCUCAAUAUUCAUGAUGUACCAAACAUUUGGCAUGUGCCUUUGUUGCUAAGGGAUCAGAAGGCUCAUGAGGCAAUACUUAAACAGCUGAAUAUAAGCAUUUCUAAGUCCCCAGCAUUAGAGGAGUGGACAGAAAGAGCAGAGCGCUAUGAUAGCCUCACGACACCUAUCAAAAUUGCCAUGGUGGGGAAAUACACUGGGUUGUCAGAUUCUUACCUUUCUGUGUUGAAGGCUCUUUCACAUGCUUGCAUUGUUUGUUCAUUGAAACUGUCUGUGGAAUGGGUCACGUCAUCGGAUCUUGAAGAUGUAGCUGCAAAAGAGGCACCAGAUGUGCAUGCAGCUGCGUGGAAAGCUCUGAAGAGUGCAGCUGGUGUUCUGGUUCCAGGGGGAUUUGGUGACCGUGGUAUAGAAGGAAAAAUACUGGCAGCAAAAUAUGCUCGUGAAAAUAGAAUACCCUAUCUUGGUGUUUGCUUGGGGAUGCAGAUUUCUGUAAUUGAAUUUGCACGAUCUGUUCUUGGUUUAGAGGGUGCCAACAGUACAGAAUUCGAUGAACAUACUCCACAUCCUUGUGUCAUUUUCAUGCCAGAGGGCUCAAAGACUCAUAUGGGGAGUACAAUGCGGCUGGGUUCAAGAAAAACGCUCUUUCAAACUUCUGAUUGCAUUACAGCUAAGCUAUACGGAAAUGUUCAGUCUGUGGAAGAGAGACAUCGACAUCGAUAUGAGGUCAAUCCUUACAUGGUUGAUGAUUUGGAAAAGGCUGGACUUGUUUUUGUGGGCAGGGAUGAAAGUGGCAAGCGGAUGGAGAUAAUGGAGAUACCUGAUCAUCCUUUCUAUGUUGGAGUUCAAUUCCAUCCAGAAUUCAAAUCGCGACCAAACAAACCAUCUGUGCCCUACUUAGGCCUUAUAUUAGCUGCCUCGGGUCAGUUGAAUCCUUACCUAAGGAGUGUUGGAGAAAAAUGAAUGUGAAUUUGAUCUAAAUGAUAGCAAUAGUAAUUUGCACCCUGCCAUGAAGAUAACCAUGGUAUCACCUCUUGCAAACAUACAUGGAAAUAAGGCAGAAAAGAUCUUAUAGUUCAUUUUUAUGGUGAGUUGCAUUACCCUUGUCCAAGCAAAUUGUUAGCAUACAUGAAGCUGGGGAAAUGCAUUAUUUUUUGAUCUUUAAAACUUUUAAAGCAAUAUGUAAAGUGUACUCGGUUGCCAUUGGAUGCCACAUCAUGUGUGUUAACCUUGUAGAAUUCAUUUUCAAAUUUUACAACCUUCAUAAUUGGAAGAGAUGGAUAUCUUGGCAAUGGGUCUAUGGAGAAGAUGUGUGUGGAUCAGAUGCACUAUUUUUUUAAAAGAUUUAGGUCAAUGAGAAAACUAUCUGUUAGUAGGACAUUCUUAACAUUAGGCUUCACAUAAAAAAAUGUCAUGUCCCGGGACAGAUACUUGUUUUGAAUGUGCUGGAGAAGCUCUGAGCUGUGAGGGUUUAUAUUCUAUCAUAAUUUUAUAUGUUCUAUAAACUUUUUUAAUUUUGCACCCUGACAA